UAAAAAUGUAUCGAUAUAUAUCAUAUCGAUACUUACCGAACUCUACUCGGAAUAAAUUUUCCGAAUUAUUAUUGAAUUUCCCGCAACGAAAAUAACGAAAUCAUUGAAAUCAAAAUCCCUUGUUUACAAAUGCGCGCUCAUCAAGUAGGCCGGCGUUUUCUGCUUCGUGCUUCUGUUCUACCCAGUCUACCCAUUUAGCAAGUAAACCAAGUUAAGUAGCAGUAGCUAGCAAGAUAUUAAAAAACACCAACCAUAAUAACGAAUUAAACUGAAUUCGCAGUACACUAUUUCGCAGUUCUCACUUCGCAGUCGCAUAGACAGUUCAUAAAUCAUAAUUCUAUUUUCGGUAAUUUUCUUUUUUGUCUGGGUCGACAGCAUACAGCGAUCAGCGACUGGGUCAAUCAAUAUCAAUAUUUCUCUUAUCUCAAGUCAUCAGUCUAUCGUAGUAAUUUCUUGAAUCAAUCCGGGAAUUCAACCAUUUGAACGGUUGAGCAUGGCCGCAACAGAAAAUAUAGGCAGUAUUGACAGUAUGAGUGAUGGUGUACAAUUCUUCGAAGGGGCCGAAAAACUUCUAGAGAUCUGGUUCACCACUGCUAACAGUAACCACAAGACAGCUGAUUUACGUAAAAUUCCAAGAUCAAAAUUGGAAUCCCUAAUGAAAAUUGUACGAUGUGAAAUAAUGAGUUUUGUGAAGAAUGAUCAAAUUGAUGCUUAUGUAUUAAGUGAAAGUUCGAUGUUCAUAUCCAAAAGAAGAUUCAUACUGAAAACAUGUGGUACUACUACGCCGCUGUUGUGUCUUGAGCCUCUUUUGUUGAUGGCUGAGCAAUAUGCUGGUUUCACUGAAGUCGAAGAUAUAUUUUAUUCACGAAAGAACUUCAAGAGACCUGAUUUACAAGUUAUGCCACAUCAGCAUUUUGAUCAAGAGGUCGCCCUGUUGGACAGCUUGUUCCCGGACGGAGCAGGUUACUGUCUUGGAGCCGUCAAUAGAGAUUGUUGGUACUUUUAUACCCUCAACCCCAUGCCUCAAACUAGACUACCAGCUCGAUCACCAAGUGAGGAAGCUGAUCAGACUUUGGAGAUUCUGAUGACUGAUCUCGACCCUGAAAUAAUGUCUAUUUUCACCAAGGAGGAGUGUCUCAACGCAACUGAGGCCACCAAGAGAGCUGGUAUUGAUAAGAUAGUUGCAAAUAUGGUGAUUGAUGACUUCUUAUUUGAACCUUGUGGAUAUUCCAUGAAUGGAGUAACUAAAAAUGGCUGUUACAUGACUAUCCAUAUCACUCCGGAACCUGAUUUUUCGUAUGUUAGUUUCGAGACCAACAUUCCUUCCAGCUCUUAUAAGGAAAUUAUAAAUAAGGUUCUAGAUACCUUCAAUCCAGGAAAAUUUACUAUCACAGUGUUUGCCAACCAACAAUCUCCAACGAAGGACACUUCAAGAGAGCUUCUAUUGUUGAAUCAAAUCGGAAAAUGGCAACGCCGCGACGUACAGAUGUGUAACUUCAAAAAUUAUGAUCUGAUCUAUGCUUUCUUCUGUAGGUUCCCCAGCUGAGGGUGUAAGGCUAAGCUGUGCAAAUGUGCAGCUAAAAAAGCAAUUCCCCUUUCCCCAGUCCAGUCUUCCUCGUCCCUAGCUUCCUUCCCUUUCAAUACAUCUUCUUCCCCAUGCCUCUCCAUAUCUUCUGAAUCUCGUCUUCAUAUUCCUAGCAUUUUGUCUUGUUCUUAUUUCGAUGACUUCAAAAGUGAAUAUUUUAAUUUUGAUGACCAUGGCGAUGACAACACAAACAAAGAAUUGUUCGCAAAAUUUUAUUCAACCAUUUCUAACUUCUCACAUCAUAUUAACAUUCCAAAUCAUCAUUGUCAUCCACAUGAAGUACAAAACUCAUCCAUGACACCUCAGUCCAGUCCAUUUUCAUUCUUUUUCUUAUAUUUCUCUCUAUUUGAACCUGCUUUCAAGUUUACAAGCUUCGAAUCGCCACUCGUACUUUUUUCAUGGUGGCGGAAUAAAAUUUCGUGAAAAUCACAGAAAAAGCUCUCAAAGUGAGUAAUGCAAAGUGGGCUUGAUGUUGUUUUUCUUUAACCUAUGAGGGUUAGAAAAUUGCACAUGAAUUUCAUCAUUUUGGUGAUUUUUAGACAGAACAAUGUAAGCAACAUUUAUAUAAUUCUACAUAUUACUAACCGUUGUUUGGGUGAAUGAUUCCUCAUUUGUUUCUUAGGUAGUUCCCCAAUUUCGCAUUGGUCCAGUAUGUGAUGAAGUUUCGGCCUUACACUUUUCUGUUAUAACAUCAACUAUCUCUUCCCACUUGUUCUACAGCUUUGAGAGCCUUUAUGAGUAUCAUUUCCGAUUCUUAGGUAGCCGUUUAAGUAAAGGGCCUUUAUGAGAAGGAACAUUUUUAUCAAAAAUUACCUUGAUCAGGGUUGGCAAAGGUCCAUUCAGUGUACAAAAUGAGCUCUAGUUUAUGUGUGUAGUACAACUAUCUUAGGAUUUUCUGUAACAUACAGGGUUUUGGUAAUUUGAUACAUGCCUUUGGAGAGGCUCUGUCACAGAAAAGCGCGUUGAGAAAUAACGCCAUUGGUCGACAUCACUUUAAUCGAUUAACCAUAAAACACUUCAUGAAUAGGAAUAAUUUGUUUGGGUUGAUAGUCAUUCUCCUCACACAUUAUAAUUUCUCACUAAUCUUUGCACUGUUUCGUUCAGUUGCAGAUAAUUGUUGUGAUUCUUUUUAUAUGUCUGUUAUGAUUUGUUCUGGCUAUAUUGAGUUUUGUUUCAACAAGAGCAGUUAUUGAAAUAUUCAAGUAUAAGGAAGGGGACUAUAUGCAGUAGAAUAUAAUAUA